CUCAUUUUUAGUGAUUAAAUGGUCCACAUAUAAGAAGCAUAAGAAACUACUUAUAUUCAGCAAUCAAAUUGAUUUGAUCAAAGUUACAUAAUAAUUAAUGUCGACUAAAAAUCUAAUCAUUAGUCUUUUUGAUUACGUUUGUCAUUUACUUGCCAUUUAUCAUUUAAUAUUUUUUCUCGCUCAUUUGUGUGAUCAUUUGAUUCCUAAAAACAAUGAAAUUAAUUGUAUUAAUAUUGGAAAUAAGCUUAUCCAUAAUUUAUUGUGAUGCUUGGCUUGGUGAUCAGACCAUGGAUUCUGGUGAUAUUAUCAUUUGUAAAUCAACUAAUUGGAUAAUUGAUGUUUUCAAAUAUCACACACUAAUUGCGAGUGGACAUGAUAAGUUAGUCCAUGUGAUUGGUCAUAAGAAUAAGGCUCAGAUUGUCGAGGAAACUGUGAAACAAUAUCUUGAUCGAAAUAUGGAGAAAAAUUGUCACAACAAUGGACCAGGAAGUAAAGGACGUGUUCGAACAGUUCAAGAUGCAUAUUCGAGUUUGGAAAAGUUUAAAGGUCAAAGUGUCUAUUAUAACCUUUUAACUUGUAACUGUCAACAUUGGGUUGAAUAUUGGGCUAAUGGUCAAGCCUGGUCACCAAGUAGUAAACAAUAUGGAGGAAAAAAGUGUCAAGCUCCAACUUCCGGGUCUAAAAACUUAUUAAAGGCUCUGUUUAAUUUUUGACAAUCGAAAUCGUAACAAUCAAAUUAAAGUAAACCAACUUUACCAUCACUCACUUAUGAUAAUAAAUUCAUACUGAUUUAAAUUUUAA